GACUUCCUGUACACCCAGCACACAAUGCUCUCCAGCGCUAGAACUUUCUUGUCCGGCAAGACCUUUCUCUCGUCUCGUUUUAUCUCCUCCGUGGCCACCAUCACCUGCGAGAAGGCCACCCUGCAAUUCCCAAAUUUCCAGAUUCCUCCAAAAUACGUCUUGGCGUCUAUCAGAAGCUUCCCAUCCUUAGAGCCAACCACCUUUGUCCCAGUCAGCACCACCAUCUUGAACCAGCCGCUUAGAAGAGACUUGUUGUGGCUCGCUGCUGUUUACGAAGCUGAUGCUGCACGUGUUGGUUCCGCGUCUCCACCGGGUAGAAGCGAAUUGGGCUACUCCCGUAAGAAGGUUAGACCACAGAAGGGUACUGGUAGAGCUCGUGUGGGUGACAACAACUCCCCAACUAGACACACCGGUGCCAUUGCCAUGGCCAGAACCGCUCCUAAUGACAUGAGUUCCGACUUGCCAUUGCAAGUGUAUCACACUGCCUUAAAGUCUGCCUUGUCCCACCAGUACCGCGAAGGUAAGUUGUUUGUCAUCGAGGACCAUUGUGACUUUGUCACCGGUCAGUCCCAGGCCGCCAAGAUGUUCUUAAAGGAACACGGCUUUGAAGACAAGAAGUUGUUGUUUGUUCUCGACUCCCCAAGACAUAACUUGGCUGACGCUACUGAAAAGUACCAGCAGAAGAUUGAUAUUGUCACCAAGGACGCCGUUGAGGUCCGAGACAUCUUGAAAGCCAACCGUGUCUUUAUUGAGUUGUCUGCCUUGAAGUUCUUGGGCUGCAAGUUCCACCGUCCAUCUGACUUGAACUGAGUGUGGUGCAACCACUAACCACCUUUCCACACACAUGGUAAAGCAAACAUUGACAGGCUUGAGACUACACAUUCCUUGGACUCACAUCCCCUGAGCUUUCGGGGCAAGUCCAUCAGGCAUUUUACCAAGCUUUCCAGCCUAAGUACCGUGUCCCCGCAAGUUGACUCUGCACGCUUCACCUCUCGUUACUGCAUCCUCUCAUCCUUCCCAACCCCUUUACAGGGAUGAGACAAUAAAAUGAAGCCAACUUUCAUGUAAAUAGUGUACUCCUUCUGUGUUUCAUUUCUUGUCCUUUCAUUCUGUUCAACAUAGAUUGACCUAUCUGACGUC